ACACACAGAUACUCUCUCACUGUGGAUCUCUCCCCUGCAGACACAUACUCUCUCCUGCUGACUUUUGGAGACAUUUGAAGCCCCCUGUGCUAUCACUCAGCCUGGUGGUGCGAUGUGUGUUGCCCGCUGCUCCCGAUGUGUAGGAAUGUCCCUGGUUCCCAUGGCAAUACUGUCCAUGGUGGCCAAUGCCUUGCUGCUGUUCCCAAACCUGAAAGUGCAUUACCUGCUGGAAGGUCAUGUGACCCGGGAGGCCCUGUGGGGCACAGGGCUAUGGGCAUCUGGCUUUCUGAUUCUCCUGGCAGCUCGAGGGUUUGUGUCUAGCAGCACACAGAUGGGUUGCUGUGGUUUCAGGACAGAGAUGCUGUGCCAGUUUGGCUACUCCUGUGUGGCACUAGCAGCUGCUGGGAUCUGCUUCCUGGUUAGUGGCACAGGACUGGCGCAGGGACCACUCUGUCUGCACAACAGUACACAGGGACUCAACUGGGAGGUGCCCCUGAGUCGGCAAAUGACUAGGGACAGGAACUAUCUGUUUGAGAGGGAACGAUGGGCGACAGCGUGUGUGGAGCCUCAGGGUGUGGUACUGUGGAACGUGGUGCUGUUUUCCGUUCUAAUGGCAACCAGCGGGAUCCAAGUGCUGCUCUGUGCCGCGCACACUUUAAACGCUCUGUUGGGCGUGCUCUGUGGGCCUGGUUUCCGGAACAACAAGGUUGGCCCAGUGUGAUGUCAUACUCUCCAGAGAGUGAACAGAGGGAACAGGAUGCCUCAAACAGGAAGGGAUCUUCAUGAGUAAUGAUGAAACUACACAGCAACGAUCAUGACAGUUAUACCUGGCAUUUAUUAAGUGCCUUUUAUCCAUGGAUCUCUAAGCACAUUACAAUGAGGGGACGGUGAUACACCUCAUCGAUUUCCAAUGUGUAGCCGCCUGUUUUUCACCAGAAAGCUCACCACAUAUCCUUUAAGGUGGAGAGAUGGAGAUUUAAUUAUUUUUCCAGUUAAACUAGUGAAUGGUUAGAUGGCCAACUUGAUAGAAUAAGAAAGGGAUAUUCAGUAUAUUCAUCAUCAA